AUGAUCCAAUGGUACAACACAGAAUUUUUGAUUGGCUACAAAAAUUGGAUACGAUUUAUCAGUGAUCCGGAAUUUUCCGGAAUCGAAAAUUUGAAUGCGAAUGAAUUUAAUGUUGAAUACCAAAGUAAGCAUUGGCGGAAAUGUUUUUUGCAACAUCUAAUUUUUUUUCAGUUAAUGGUUCAAUUGUUGAACAACCAGUAGCUUCAUAUCCUGUUAUAUUUCCAACACAUGUUAGACAGCGGCUUGUCGCAAAAAUGCGUGAAGAACACGAAGAGAGGGAAAAUCGGCGAUUGGAAGAGGAUAGAUUGGUUAGUUCUAACCAGGGGGGAUGGUUUCUAGAAUUUUUUCAAAAAUUACUCGACAUUUUUUCUUUCACAUUUCGAUUCAGAAGUUUAUUCUAAAAAUAAAUUGCAAUUUGAAUUCUCAGAAAUUCACAAGCUUUUUUCAAAUUUUGCUAAACACCCAAAGUUCUACAGAGAAUCCAAAUAUUUUCAGAUGUUUCGUAGAUUGUAUGAACAACGAAGACAAAUGUUCAUCGAGCAAAUAAGAAGAAGCCACGAAAGAUGGGAGCAAUAUAUGCAAGGUCGUCGUUUUUGA